AUGAGCGGUCCAAAGCAGAAGAAGGUGCUAGCGUCUCUGCCCGGGGCGGGCCCAGAACCCAUCUUUGAGAGUGCGCGCUUCCAAUCGAGAUUUAGGGUUUUCACCAUUCUUUUCACCAUAGGGGCCACUUGUGCGCUGGUGACGUCAGACUUUGGGGACAGGGACCAUGUAUUCAGUGGGGUCAAGCGCUUGAUCGGACAGGGCCUGGACCGCUUGUUCCAGUUGGACGAGAAAGAUCUAGAGGAGGUACAUAGGCGUGCAGCAGAAAAGCGGGCGCGUGGCGGGCAGCUCUGA